GUUACAACGAACGUGCGGAAACAAUAAGUGUUCCAUAACAGCUGUAGUAAAAUUAUUUUUGACCUAUUAAUCUGUGAACAUGAAACAAUUUGCGAUCGGCAUUAUUAUACUACAAGCUUCGCUAAGGAUCAGCGGAUUGUACACGAGCGUCGAAUGUCCGGUGGAAUUGCGGAAAGACAUCGCAAAAUACAGCGAGCCGAAGCCACUGCAAGUGAGCUGCACGAUGCAACUCUUGUGCCCGCCGGAAGAUUCGACGAAUCACGAGAAUCGCGAUCGGGGCUAUCAGGUGCACGAGUACGACCCCGAUGCGGACGCCAGGGCGAUGUGCGAAGUGAAGCUCAAGAUCAACGUUGUGAGAAAUCUGAACGCAACCGGAACGGAAGAGGAAAAUCCGUGCGUUGAGCUCGCGCACCACGAACAUCCGGUGUUGCUGCCUCAUCCGACUAACUGCAGCUUGUUCUACAAAUGCGACUGGGGCGUGCCGAUGCUAUUCGAGUGCCCGGAAAAAUUGCACUUUAACCCCGUACUCCAGAUGUGCGACUGGCAAGCCGACUGCGACUCGACCUGGAUCGGUUGUCCACGGCCGUUUCCACGAUGCCCGAUUAACGAUUCGGAUCCGCUAUUACUGCCGCAUCCCUUUCUGUGCGAUCGAUUCUAUCAAUGCAAUUGGGGGACGCCUCGAUUACAGGCAUGUCCCACCGGAUUGAACUUCGACCCACAUCUCAAGGUGUGCGACUGGCCUGACAAUUCGAAUUGUCAGAGUUGCUGAGAGAGAUCGCGAGGAGAAAAACAUGGCAUAUAUCAUACAAUUCAAAUUACUCCUUGGAAUUUAAAAAACGCGAGGCAUUUUGAUUACGACCUAUGUUGUAUUUGUAAAGAAAUAAGAAUGAAAAAAGUAA